UAGCUGAAAGAUUGUGGAUUGUAAUAUAAAGCUCGAAGUGAAUUCGGUUCUGCACGCUGAUCAGUGAAGGCGAAAUUGUAACCGAUUGUUCUCGGAGUUUUUGCUCGGGUUUUGUUUUUGAACUUCCAGCACACAGCAGCAGACUCUGUGUCCUGAAUUGAUCCAUUCAUUAAGUCGGUCGGAGUUCGAUGCUCUGAGGUGUACUUUACCAUUCUGUGCACGGAUCAGUUUCCAGGCUCUCAUCAGAUCGGGUAUCUGCUCAUGUCACUAAGACAUCAACAUGUCCAGCAAAAGAGCAAAGGCAAAGACCGCAAAGAAGCGCCCUCAGCGUGCGACUUCCAAUGUGUUUGCAAUGUUUGAUCAGUCUCAGAUCCAAGAGUUCAAAGAGGCUUUCAACAUGAUAGACCAAAACCGUGAUGGCUUCAUUGACAAGGAAGAUCUGCAUGAUAUGUUGGCUUCUCUCGGAAAGAACCCUACUGAUGAGUACCUAGAAGGAAUGAUGAAUGAAGCUCCUGGUCCCAUUAACUUCACCAUGUUCCUGACUAUGUUUGGUGAGAAACUAAAUGGCACAGAUCCAGAAGAUGUCAUUCGAAAUGCUUUCGCUUGCUUUGAUGAAGAAGGGACAGGCUUCAUUCAUGAAGACCACCUGCGUGAGCUGCUGACCACAAUGGGAGACAGGUUCACAGAUGAGGAAGUUGAUGAACUUUUCCGAGAAGCACCAAUUGACAAGAAAAGCAAUUUCAACUAUGUGGAAUUCACCCGCAUUCUGAAGCACGGUGCCAAGGAUAAGGACGAUUAAAUUUACAUAUUGUAGCUGCUUUUAAUCUCACCAUAUUUCAUUUAUAGCACACACCAUGCACCACAAAGCAAUCCAUUUACAUUAAGUAGCAACUUUGUUUUCUAAAUGUUUUGUAUGAACUUUUAAGACGGUGUAGGCUGAUAUCACAUUGUAUGAAUGUUAGAAAAUGUGGCGAUCUAAUAGGAUGAAAACAAUUUAAAAUAUGUAAGUAUCCUGUUGACCUUACAUAUAAAUUGUUUUGAUAACUGAUUACUCAUCAUGAAGAAUAAUAAUGGAAAUUCCUGAAAAGCAAUAGAGUGAAAAGAGUUCUGACCAAAUAUUUUACAACGAAAAGCAGUAACAUGAUUCUAACAGUAUCUAUGACAAGAUUCGGUACUUAAGUUUUAUAUGGAACUUUGUACUUUUCCUGAGUAUUAUGUGUCGUAAUAAAGGCUCCAUUACUCUU